CGAGGAGAUGGCCCAGCGUUUGGUUAGAUGACCACUUCGUACGGCAGUAUUGCAGACAGCCCACGCGCACAAAGCAUCAAUGACACCUCACAGGAACACAUCCUACCCACUGUGCGUGUGAGCGCAACCAGCCGAAACGUGCUUACCAAUGCACCCCUGUUUCACAACACCCGAAGCCAUGGGAGGGGGUGGGUGUGUCGUAUUGCCCAGUGUGUAGCCAUGCUAUCCGUUGUGGUAGCACUGGUGUUGGUGUGGGCUCGAGUGCAGCUGUAUAUGGGCAUGGCUAGCAUGAACUACAGACCAGAGUGUGUGGCAACGAUCGCCAAUGAGAGCGCUACUGUAGCGGUGCAGGAGAACCUGAUGACGGCCGAGGUCGUUACCAUGGUAACCGCAAACCCCUCAGUCGAGUAUCAGUCCUGGAUGAGCGAUCACUACUUUCAGAUCCAGAACAGAACGCUCGCUGACCUUCUACUGCCCGGUACACAUGACAGCGCUGGGUACAGGUUGCUGGGUGGCACGCUCUACAACAUCGAUCCGCUGAUCAACAUCCUCGUCAGGGCAGCUACGGCCCUGCACCUGCCGCUGGAGAAAAUGAUUGUGAAGUGGUCUCAGACGCAGAGUGUCAAUAUCUAUCAGCAGCUGAUAGGGGGGGUGCGCUAUUUGGAUCUGCGCACUGUGUGGGAUGGUAGGAUAUGGCGCAUAUACCACGGUGUCGCUGGUGAUCCGCUGACGUCUAUUCUAAAUAGUAUAAUAAGCUUCCAGGAUAACCACAGAAACGAGGUGUUGGUGAUAGAGCUGGCUGUGUACAGUGGAUCACAUGGCGGUGAUGUGUGUGCGCUCGCACGCUUAGUCAAGGCCAAAUUGGGACGAUUUCUAUUAGAUGGGUCACACAAUCUGGCGAAUACCACCAUUGGCAGUAUGGUAUGUAGUUAG